UUUUCUUUGCACGUGUUUUUCUGAAACUUUAAAACUGGACCCCAAAACAUGACGAAAAUUGAGAAUAUUUUUCUCGAAUAGCGUAGUUACAGGGUGUUUUGAGGGAAGAGGGAUUCAUUAUGGCUUCAGAGAGUGUUUUGUCUUAUUACUGGGAGCUUGCGUCGCCAAACGAAGGCACAAGAAUCAAAGCAGCUGAUGGACUUGUGAAGACGUUGGUUGAAUCUCAGGGACAGUAUGUUAAAGAGGGUGAAAAUGAAGAUCCCCUUUGCACUGACUUGAAUUAUAGCAUAAAACGUCUAGCAAAGGGCCUUGCUUCAUCAAGAAAAGGAGCCAGACAAGGAUUUGCYACAGUUUUGGCAGAAAUUCUACAUCAAUUUAAAUGUAUCAGCACUCCAGAUAUAAUGAAGUUAUUGGAGGAGCAUUUGCAAGUCACAGGGAGUGUUAAAAGUCAGGAAGAAAGAGAUGCAUAUAUUGGCCAUAUUUUUGGUUUAAUGUCUGUUGUCAGAUCACAUGACCUGAGCACCAAAACUAAGGCAAAAGAUUGCACUUGGUUGGAACAGGUUGUUUCAACUUUAAAACAGCUGAGUGAAAAGAAAAUUUACCUGAGAGAGCUUURUAUGAAGUCCAUUAUGGAUAUUAUUACCAUGAUUUCAUAUGAUGUCUUUGAACAACAUGUUCUGCCAUCGGUCAGGGAUUUUGUUUAUGGUGGAUGGCCAACUGCUUCGCCAGACUCUCUUCUUGUCGCUUUAUCUGUAAAAAAAAGAUUUGAGAAAAAUCUAGACAAGAAGACUUUCAAGAAAGCYUGGAAUAGUGUCAAUAUAUUAGAUAAGCAGAAUUAUUCAAAGCUGUUAAAUGUGUUACAGGAAUCUACUUCUGUUCAUCCCAAUGUGCACUGUGUCUGGGAUGAGGUAUUAAGUCAAGUUUUUCAAGAUGGGUCUGAGUGUUUUGAAGAGUUUUGGAGAAUUGUGGUAGAUGAUGGUUUGUUCAAGUCUACACAUGAUAGAAAAUACCUUGGUUUUUCACUCAUAUCCAAAGUCUUACCAAAACUCCAAGUUGACCAGGUUGCUAUGGUACUAAGUAAAAAUGUCAUGAGAUCUUUUAUCAAUAAUUUGUCAUCAAAUCAAAGCUAUCUUCACAAUGCYGCUAAACAUUUGUCYUCAUCAAUGCCUAUYGCUCUUGCUGAAAAUAAAGAUCAAGACGUAAUAGCUGCUGUUGUAAUGCAGCUACUUGGAAGACAGGGAAACUUGCAGUUUGACAAGCUGACAAAAACAAAAACAGUAGAAACAUUAAUGGGAAAACUUCAAGAGUCUGGAUUAGAAAGGCUUGCUUCAUGGUGCAUAGAGUGUUUCAAAAAUGGAAGUGUAGGCAACACAGAAGAUGGAAAGCCAUCUUUGAGAGAGGUAGAUGUCACAAGAAUGUCAAUCCUCAAYCAGAUCCUGUUAUUGAGCAAGAAGAAGAACCUUGACCAUUCUGGCCCAUGGAGAAAGAAAAUUAUAUUUUUUCUGAUUGAAACGGCAUACUUUGAGUUAGGAGAUAGUGGCACACUAGGCAACAAAUUGGCUCCCUUAUCCAAACAAGUUAGAGAUAUAUCUGAACAGCGCUUGUUUACUAUCAUAAAGGAUCUUGGUACACCUCAAGGAAGACAAGACAAAGAAUCUAAAACCAAAACCAGUGACAAGGGAGACGAAAAGCAGCAAUGGAUGUUCACCAUCAUCAAACACCUCAAGGAAUUGCUUGCUUCUGAUGACUACACUGUGUCGUCUCCUUCAUGGACAGAAAAUGCAAAGAAAAUGUUUGAACAGUCAGUAAAAGUGAUAACGAAGAUUCAUAAAAAGCAUCAAGAUGGGACGAUAACCCCUGAAGAUGAAGCAUUCGAACUGCUGUUGUCUCACAUGGUUCUACAGCUUUUUACGGAACCCAAACAAGCAACUGAAAUACUKGAAGAACUGAAGCUAUGCUACAAAAAUAGAAAUGAAAAAGAAAAGGGACAGCAAUCCUCUGAUGAGCCCCAUUGGGUUGAAGUCCUUACUGAGAUUCUUCUCAGUCUUCUGACACGCCCAUCAAACCUGCUGCGGCAUGUUGUGGAUGAAGUGUUUACAGCUAUUGUACCUCACCUGACACAAGAUGCUCUUGGUAUUAUACUGCAGGCUAUUGAUCCUAAGAAUGUUGGUGAAGAAGAAGAUGAAAACCUUGAAGUGAUUGAUGCAUCAGAUGAUGAAGACAUGGACUCUGAAGAUGAAGAAGAGAAGGAUGWUGAUGAAGAUGGUGAUAAUGUUGAUGAUAGCAGUGAUGACGAUGAUGAUCCAAGUGAUGAUGAUGAAGAUGAUGGUAACGAAGUUGAUGAAGCAUUCAGAGCUGAAGUCCAGGAAAGUAUCGAUGAUGAAGACUUAGAUGAAGAUUCAAUGAUGCAGCUAGAUGAUGCAUUAGCUGCAGUAUUCAAGACAAGAGCUGAAGYCACAAAAGAGAAAAAGAAAAAGAAAGAUAAAUCAAGAACCAUCCUUCAUUUCAAAUUAAGGGUGUUAGACAUCAUAGAGAUCUUCAUUAAGAAGCAGUCGACCAACCCAUUAGUUCUGGAUCUUGUUGAGCCAUUGUUAUCACUAGCAUGGACAACACUAAAUGUCAAGGAUUACCAGACAUUAGGGGAACGCGCACAAGGGAUAUACAGGAACAAACUGUGUGCAAUCAAAGAGCAUCCGUCAUUGACUGAUAUUAAAGCCGAUGAAAUACACUCCUGUCUGGAUACUCUAGUACACAAAGCUAUGUCAGCACCAUCACUGAAUAUAGUAACUCUGGUUACACGAGGCUGUAUGCUUUUGAUUCGAGUGUUGAAAGGAAAAGCACAGGGACAACCUGAAUCAUCUGCAAAGAAAAGAAAACAUGAUAAUGGAUUGCAAGCAAAAGAAARUGUUGGUGUACUUGAUGUUCCAAGAGUAGCUGCUUUGUUUAAAGAAGCUCUGAAAGAUUUCAUGGAGAAAAGUUUCUUGGCUGGGAGCUGGCUCCAGAAUUAGCUAAAAACAUUGACAGUGCUGUAAACAAUUUUAGAAAGAGUCAGGCAUGUGUGAUGUUAACCUCACUCGUUUCUUACAAGACAUCUUCAUAUGAAGAAAACCUGAAGAAAUURGCCCCAUAUUUACAGACCACCUUAAAAUCUAUUCUUGAAGAAAGUACCAAACCUGAUACAACACUGAAAGCCAAGCAUUUCAAAGAAGUUCUAAAGCUGAUGAAUAGAUUUUACAAAGAAGUCAAUGUGCUGAACGAGGAAAAGAAGGUAAUUGACUCCAGCUCAGUUAUGGCGGGAUUGCAGAAAGCAUCGGAAGGUGUUCUGRCUGGUAGAUCACAGGAUAUCAAAUCCACUUGUGCGAGACUAUUAACACUACUACAAGGGUCUUCAGGGACAGCACAAGAACACAGCCAACCCAAAAAGAAGAAACUAAAGAAAGAAGCUCRACCCAAUGGAACCCAGUCUAAUGUCACGACACAGUCUUCACCAAAACAGAAAGAAAAGAAGAAAAAGAAAAAAGACAAGAACAAAUAAAUUAAACCUCUACGACUUUGUUUUACUUCUGGAUUUUUWAAGACAACAUGUAAAAAUUUCCAAAGAAUGAAUAAAAAUAAAAGAUAUUCAAUCAA